AUGUUAGUAAGGUAUUUUGUGUUAUUAUUUAUUUUUAAGUUCAGUGAAGCUGAUGAAAGAUCUCACAGAGUUAGAAGAAUUGUAGGAGGUAUACCUGCAGAUAAGCCCCCAGAAGAUGAUCCUGUGGUAUUCACAAGAUUUGCGGAAAAAAGCGCAAAAAUUAUAGGUACAAGAAGUUCGCAACAAUAUGUUUUUCGCGGUAUAAGAUAUGCACACCCGCCCAUUGGUUCAAACAGAUUUGUUAGACCGAGAGAAAAAUUUCUGGAAGGUGAAAUAAACGCUACUCAACUUCCACCACCCUGCUUACAGCCAAUGCCUGGUCAAAACAAAGUUGUGGGAAGUGAAGAUUGUUUGUUUUUGAAUAUUUUUACACCUACUUUGCCUACAGGAACUGAAGGUUUGCCAGUGGUUGUUUGGAUACAUGGUGGUGGUUUUAGAUACGGUUCUGCUUCACAAUAUGGGGUAAAUCAUUUGGUAGGCAAGCAGCUGGUGGUGGUCACGAUACAGUACAGACUUGGUUCGCUGGGAUUUUUGAGUUCGGGUUCGCAAGAUUUACCCGGAAAUGCUGCCCUCUGGGACAUGGCGCUUGCUACCCAGUGGGUUCGUAAUUAUAUCGGGUUUUUUGGUGGUAAUCCUCAUCGAAUCGUUGUUAUGGGCCAUGGAACUGGUGCCAGCAGCACUCUACUUGUUACGCUUUCUAAUAUAGCAAAAGGUAUUUCUGGGGUGGUAGCUAUGUCAGGUACCGCAGUAUCACAUUGGGCUACUGAUAAUACACCACGAAAUACUGCUUUAGAAGUUGCUACCCAUAAUGGUUGUCCCACAGCAUCUACCUUAAUAAUGAUCAAAUGUUUACAAAAUACACCACCUGAAAGUAUUAUACAAGGUGACUCAAUGAUAGAAUUCCAAAGACUCCGAAACCAAGGAUUUGUGUCGGGCCUAAAUGGGCAGUUGUCAGCCGCUCCUGUAAGAGAAGGGUACCAUGAUGGAAGAUCUUUACCGCCAUUGGUUGAAGACGAUCCAAUCAACGAUCUAAAAAGCCAAAAGAACCCUGAUAUACCGCUAUUAACUGGAAUCACCAAACAUGAAACUAGCAGAGCAGUACAUGGUCAAUACAAAGACGAGGUUUUGGAGAAACUUAAGACGAUUCCGAACUUUUUGGAUAAAGUUUUGAUUAAAAAUCUUCAAGGUUUUCUAGUGAGAGGAUCUAAUAAAAACCAAACUGGUACAAGUAAGAAUAAUCUGUUUGGAAUAUUAGGGGGAGUCGGGGAUUCUUUAUUGAAUUUCAGAAAUUAUAUUCAAGUAAAAAAAAACGAUCUUAAGGAAGGAUUGUCAAAAAUAUCGGAAGCAACAAGUGAUGCUUUAUUUAAUGUUCCUGCAUUUUUAACUGCCGGACUUUGGUCUCAAAAAGGUUCCCCAACUUAUUUGUAUAGUUUUGAACAUGCUGGAAAAAUGAAGAAAGGCUAUAGUUUCCUAAAAGGCAUGCCAAUUGUUGGAAAUGGAACUAUGACCGACGACAACGAAACCAUCGGUCACGGCGACGACCUAAACUACCUUUUCGAAGCUAACGACAUCUUCGGAAAUCCCAUAGAAAACAACGAAAUCAUGAACGAAGACGACCGGAAAGUGCGCGAAGUUUUUACGCAAAUGAUUGCUGAUUUUGCGCGCACCGGUAAACCGAUUAUAAACAACAAAGAAGCGCCACCUUUUAGCGCUACGAAAAACAAUUUUAUCCAGAUAAAACCGAAACCGCAGCUGUCGGAUAGUUUUAGGUUCUGCCAGAUGGCGCUGUGGUGCAACAUUGCGGAAAGAUUAAAAAGUAGCAGUUGCCAGUUUUUAAACGGGUUGGACACAACUGUUAAAGGCAUACAGGAAGGAUUUUUCGAUACUAUUAAUACAACUGGGUCGAAAUUAGGUUUAGAAGGGGCUGCCAAUAUAAGUCAGCAAUAUAAUAUAUUAGACCCUAAAAAUAAAGUCAAUCAGAACAUUAAUAUUUUCAAUCCGAAUCAUAAGAAUACUUCUACUGCUCAGCAAGCCGCUAAUAUAAGCCAGCAGUAUAAUAUAUUUGAUCCAAAGAAUAAAGUCAAUGAAAAUAUAAAUAUAUUCAACCCAAAUCAUAAUAAAAAUAAAAAUGCCAAUAAUCCGCAAAAGCAAUUUUUAGAUAGCGUUAAUAUUUUUAGAACAAGGAAUCAAAGGGCUAACCCUAAAAGUGAAAAAAAAUUAAUGGUUCUAUUUAAAUAA